AUGAGUGACCUGGAUAAGGCGAUUGCACAAUUGCGAGCAUGUCGGCCAAUACCUGAGACACAAGUGCGCGAGCUCUGCUACAAAGCGAGAGAAUUGCUCAUCGAGGAGGGCAAUGUGGUCACGGUCGAUGCGCCGGUCACGUUUCACGACCUCAUGGAGCUAUUCCGCGUAGGUGGCGAUGUGCCGGACACGAACUACCUCUUCAUGGGCGACUUUGUCGAUCGCGGCUUCUAUUCUCUUGAAUCCUUUCUACUCCUGCUAUGCUUGAAAGUGCGCUACCCAGAUCGCAUCACGCUGAUACGAGGCAACCACGAAUCACGACAGAUCACGACAGUCUAUGGCUUCUACGAUGAAUGCUUACGGAAAUAUGGAAGCGCAAAUGUAUGGCGUUAUUGCUGCGAGGUGUUUGACUACCUUGCUUUGGGUGCCUUGAUCAUGGGCGCAGCAACCGACCUUGAACCGACCGAUGCUGCCUUUGCCGAUCCUGCAGCCACAUUUCCAGAUCUCGAAGAUGUUGAGAUUGAGCUCUUCAACUCGCAAGGACAAAUUAUCAAUCGCUUCCCGCGAACAAGACCGGCACUAUCGGUGGAGCAGCCCCAGUCCAACCCACCUUCAUCGCCGUCUCAGACAGCAGAACCAACACCAUCGCAAAACGGUCCGCCGGGCACGGCGGCAUCAGGAGCUAGCAGAGGCCGUCCGAGCAGCAGUGGUGGCGCCGUGCUCUGCGUACACGGCGGCCUUAGCCCUCUCAUAGACAGCAUAGACAAAAUUCGAUUGCUGGACCGAAAGCAGGAAGUGCCCCACGAAGGUGCCAUGUGCGACCUGUUGUGGUCAGAUCCUGACGAAAUUGACGGCUGGGGUCUUUCACCUCGCGGCGCUGGCUUCCUGUUUGGUGCUGACAUUGUCAAAUGCUUCAAUCACAAGAACGACUUGAGCCUCAUCUGUCGAGCACAUCAACUGGUCAUGGAGGGCUUCAAAGAGAUGUUCGACAGCACCAUUGUCACCGUAUGGUCAGCACCCAACUACUGCUACAGAUGUGGCAAUGUGGCAGCCAUUCUGGAGCUCGGCGAGGACGGCUCGAACGCUGGCUAUGCGCCGAGGACAAAUGGCGACUUGGGUAGAUCGAACGGCAUCCUACCGGAACAGUACAACAAACAAGGCCCGGGAAGGCGCUACCGUAUAUUUGACCCGGCGCCGCAAGACAGCCGAGGCAUGCCGGCCAAGAAGCCGGUUGCUGACUACUUCCUUUGAAUGACUUGUAGAAGUGCAUGCAUGCUUGCUUCAGCGCAGCAAAAGGAGUUGGACAUGAAAUACCCGUGUGUACUGUGUAUCAUAUACAUAACGCAGAAGACCUUGCAAAAUUCAAUGAUGACACGAUUG